AUGCUGGAGUCCUACGUGACGCCCAUCCUCAUGAGCUACGUGCACCGCUACAUCAAGAACCUGCAGCCGUCCGACCUGCAGCUCUCGCUGUGGGGCGGCGACGUGGUGCUCAGCAAGCUCGAGCUCCGGCUGGACGUGCUGGAGCAGGAAUUGAAAUUGCCAUUCACAUUUUUAAGUGGACAUAUUCAUGAAUUGAGAAUACAUGUACCAUGGACAAAACUGGGUUCAGAACCGGUGGUAAUUACCAUCAAUACGAUGGAAAUCAUUUUGAAACUUAAAGAUGGAAUACAGGACGAUCAUGACAGCUGUGGCUCUAAUUCUAUUGUUCGUAGUACCUCUGAGAACACAAAAUCAUCAGUGAAACCCAGAAGAAUUCAGCAGGCUGCCCCCACAGAUCCUGUUUUACCUCCAGGUUAUGUGCAGAGUUUGAUUAGACGGGUUGUAAAUAAUGUAAAUAUUGUUAUAAAUAAUCUCAUAUUAAAAUAUGUUGAAGAUGACAUUGUUCUUUCAGUCAAUAUUACUUCUGCAGAAUGUUAUACAGUAGAUGAAUUAUGGGAUCGUGCAUUCAUGGAUAUUUCUCCAAUUUAUCUGGUGCUGAGAAAGGUUAUCAACUUUUCUGAUUGUACAGUUUGUCUUGAUAAACGAAACGCUAGUGGUAAAAUAGAAUUUUAUCAGGAUCCUUUGUUGUACAAGUGUUCCUUCAGAACUCGUCUGCAUUUUACAUAUGAUAAUCUAAAUUCCAAGAUGCCUUCUGUUAUUAAAAUUCAUACCUUAGUAGAGAGUUUGAAACUUUCUAUCACAGAUCAGCAGCUGCCAAUGUUUAUCCGAAUAAUGCAACUUGGGAUUGCUCUUUACUAUGGUGAAUUAGGUCAUUUUAAAGAAGGAGAAAUAGAAGACUCUACCUGUCACAAUAAAGAUAUGUUAGGGAACAUUACAAGUACUGAAGAUGAAACAAGAAUAGAUAUGCAAUAUCCUGCUCAAUACAAAUGCCAAGAGAUGUAUUCGCAUACUGAGGAUGAGCAGACACAGGGAUGGGUAUCAUGGGCCUGGUCAUUUGUGCCUGCAAUAGUCAGUUAUGAUGAUGGUGAGGAAGACUACCUUGGGGAUGAUCCUGCAUCAGCACCACAUCAGCACAAAGCACAGACUGUGAAGGAUCCUAUUGUUUCCAUAGGAUUUUAUUGUACAAAAGCAACUGUGACUUUCAAACUUACUGAAAUGCAAGCUGAAAGUAGUUACUAUAGCCCUCAGAAAGUUAAAUCUAAAGAAGUGCUGUGUUGGGAACAAGAAGGAACUACCAUUGAGGCCCUUAUGAUGGGAGAACCUUUCUUUGAUUGCCAGAUUGGUUUUGUAGGUUGCAGAGCCUUGUGCCUUAAAGGAAUUAUGGGGGUUAAAGAUUUUGAAGAGGCUAUGAAUAGAAAUGAAACUGAAGCCUGUUUUUUCAUUUGUGGUGAAAAUUUGAGUAUGAAAGGUUUCACAUAUCUUACAAGUUCAUUAUUUGAUUAUCGAAGCCCAGAAAAUAAUGGUAUUCGAGCAGAAUUUAUCUUGGAUGCAGUUCAUCAUAAGGAGGCAUACACCGAGAUAUCUGGAAUGCAGAGGUUUGGUGCCUUUUAUAUGGAUUACUUGUAUACAAUGGAGAACACUGGUGGCAAAGGUUCUAUAAAUCUGCAAGACUUUACUUCAGGGAAAAGUGAAGAUUUGGGAACAGUUCAGGAGAAGUCUACUAAAAGUCUUGUUAUAGGUCCUCUUGAUUUUCGAUUGGAUAGCAGUGCAGUCCACAGAAUUUUGAAAAUGAUUGCUUGUGCCAUGGAACACGAAUAUGAACCAUACAGCAGACUAAAACCAGAUGUUAGGAAUGAGAAUGAAACAAUACUGAAUUCUGAAGAUGUGACAUCUUUAGAAGAAUAUAUUCCUACUCGACAUACAAGUGUUACACUUCUCAAAAGUACUUGCACUAUUUUCAUGGCUGAAUUUAACUUGCUGGAUCAUUUGCUUCCUGUCAUUAUGGGAGAAAAGAGCUCAAGUAACUUUAUGAAUACUACAAACUUCCAAUCUCUUCGUCCAUUGCCAGCUAUUCAGAUAGUAGUGGAUAAAAUUAAUCUGGAACAUUCUGUGCCAAUGUAUGCUGAACAGUUAGUACAUAUGGUCAGCAAUCUCUCUCAGCCUUCUGACAAUUUGCUUCAUUAUUGCUAUGCACACUGCUAUCUUAAGAUAUUUGGUUUCCAAGCAGGACUGACUUCGUUGGACUGUAGAGGCUCUUACUGCUUACCUGUUUCAAUUAUUCCUUCUUUCAGCACUGCUCUCUAUGGCAAAUUUCUGAAACUACCUACGUGCUGGAACAAAAGAUCUCAGAUUCCUAUAACAGAGGGAAUAUUUGAACUUCCAAAUCUCACAAUUCAGGGUACAAGAGCACAGGCACUUCUGCUGCAAGCAAUAUAUCAGAGUUGGUGUCACGCUGGAAAUGUCAGCUCUUUAGCAGUAAAUGAAGCUUUAAUGAAUGAAGUUUUCCAAACUAUAGGUGUGAAGUCUAAGAAUCCCCUGCCAACUCUGGAGGGCUCCAUCCAGAAUGUUGAAUUGAAGUACUGCAGCACAUCAUUGGUCAAAUGUGCCUCAGGGACCGUGGGAUCAAUAAAAGUUUGUGCCAAAGCCCCAGGUGACAAUGGAAAAGAGAAACUAAUUCCAUUGCUCCAGGGUCCUUCUGACACUAAAGACCUUCAUAGCAGCAAGUGGCUCAAUGAGAGUAGAAAGCCAGAAUCUCUUCUUGCUCCAGAUUUGAUAGCAUUUACCAUCCAAGUCCCACAGUAUAUGGACUACUGCCACAAUUCUGGUGCCGUUCUUCUUUGUAGUAUACAAGGACUAGCAGUUAACAUUGACCCAAUUCUACAUACCUGGCUUCUUUAUCAGCCUCACAAACGAACCAGCAGACAUGUACAGCAGCAACCUGUCGUAGCUGUUCCUCUGGUUAUGCCAAUUGGCAGAAGAAAAGAGGAUGAGGUAUCUGUUGGAAGUGCGCCGCUGGCUAAACAGCAAUCAUAUCAGGCUUCUGAAUAUGCCAGUAGUCCCAUCAAAACAAAAACAGCAACAGAGUCCCGACCUUUGUCAGUUCCCGUGAAAACCAUACUGAAUCUAUCUGAAGGCUCUAGAAGUCCUGAAGAGAGAAUGAAAGAAUUUAUUGGAAUUGUAUGGAAUGCCGUAAAGAGACUCACGCUGCAGCUUGAAGUACAGUCUUGUUGCGUAUUCAUUCCCAAUGGUAGCCUGCCCUCGCCAAGCACAAUUGUAUCUGGUGACAUUCCUGGAACAGUCAGAAGCUGGUACCAUGCACAGACCAGCAUGCCAGGAACCCUCAUUCUCUGCUUGCCUCAACUGAAGAUUCUCAGUGCCGGCCACAAGUCCAUGGAGCCACUGCAGGAAAUUCCCUUUUCCAUCCCGCGACCUAUUCUUGAAGAAGGUGAUGCUUUCCCUUGGACUGUCAGCUUACAUCAUUUCAGUAUAUAUACCCUUUUUGGAAAACAAGUGACAUUUGGCCUAGUGGAACCUAUGGGCUGUACAUCUACACUUGCUGUCACCUCUCAGAAGCUGCAUGCUACGGGACCUGAUACCAGACACUCAUUUGUUGUCUGUCUGCAUGUGGACCUAGAAUCGGUGGAGAUGAAGUGCUCAGACCCCCAGGUUCAGCUCUUGUAUGAGCUUACGGACACCAUGCACCGGGUAUGGCAAAAGCUCCAAAAGCAAGGUGGUGGUGCAGCAACCCUGCCAGAGGCAGUGUUCGGGCCCCUGCCUGGCUCUCCUGUGAGAAGCAGUGUGGGCACAGCUCCCCCCGACACCAGCACCUGCAGCCCCUCUGCCGAAGUUGGGACCACGACUGAGGGAGAGUCUGUACAAGCUGGUGAUGAUCCCCCAUUCUCAGAUUCUAUUACCUUGGAACAAACUACGAGUAACAUUGGGGGAUCCAGUGGACGUGUUAGUUUGUGGAUGCAGUGGGUACUUCCCAAAAUCACUGUAAAGCUCUUUGCUCCUGACCCUGAAAUUCAAGGCACAGAGCUUUGUGUGGUGAGUGAACUCGAAGAUCUCAGUGCUUCCAUAGAUGUCCAGGAUGUAUAUACCAAAGUGAAAUGUAAAAUCGAAAGUUUCAAUAUCGAUCAUUAUCGAAGCAGCCUUGGGGAAGACUGUUGGUCUCUGGGGCAAUAUGGAGGUGUCUUCUUUUCCUCUACUGACAAGCUCAACAGAUGCACCUUGUUGGUUCGACCCAUCAUCAAGCAGGACCCUUUCAGUAAUUGCUCUGGCUUCUUUCCUUCUACAACUGCAAAACUUCUAGAUGGUUCCCAUCAGCAGCAUGGAUUUCUUUCUUUGACUUACACGAAAGCUGUUACAAAAAAUGUCCGCCACAAGUUAACGUCAAGGAAUGAGAGAAAAAGUUUACAUAAGUUAUCUGAAGGUUUAACAGAUGGGUCCCCUCAUUUUCUUCAUGAAAUUCUUCUUUCAGCACAAGCCUUUGAUAUUGUCCUUUGUUUUCCUUUACUAAAUGCCAUUGCAAGUAUAUUUCAAGCAAAAGUACCAAGGACCCAAAAAGAGAAAAGAAAAUCUGCUGGGCAGCCCAUGAGGACCCAUACGCUGACUUCGCGCAAUUUACCUUUGAUUUAUAUCAACACCAGUAUCAUUAGAAUUUUUGUUCCAAAAUCAGAAGAAAGACAGCCAGCGACUGAAGCUAAUCAGGCAGCAGCAGAAGACACUCUGGUCUUGAAGGUUGGCUCUGUUGCCAUGGCCCCCCAGGCUGACAACCCCCUUGGCAGAUUUGUCCUCAGGAAAGACAUUUACCAGAGAGCCUUGAAUUUAGGAAUUCUUCGAGAUCCUGGGUCAGAAAUUGAAGACAGACAAUACCAAAUAGACCUGCAGUCCAUCAACAUUGGCACAGCCGUUUGGGCCCACUUAAAGCCAGAGAAGGACAGUGGCAGUGGAGGGCCACUCUCUGAGAAUGAGAGAAACUCUCAGAACCCUGCACUUGAGUGGAAUAUGGCCAGCAGCAUACGACGGCAUCAAGAAAGAAGAGCAAUACUGACUCCCAUUUUAACAGAUUUUUCUGUUCGAAUAACUGGAGCACCUGCCAUCAUUUUUACCAAGAUCAUUUCUCCAGAAAACAUGCACACUGAGGAGAUUUUAGUGUGUGGCCAUUCCUUGGAAGUGAACAUAACCACUAACCUGGACUUCUUCCUCAGCGUGGCUCAAGUUCAGCUCUUGCAUCAGUUAAUAGCAGCAAAUCUUAAUGGACUGGAGCCAGCACACAAGACCACAGAGAGCUCCAAGCAAGAACACAGCAGAGCAGACACAUUUAGCAGUAGCACAGCCGAGACAUGCUCCAGGGACAGUGGCACACGGGACAGUGGGUUCGGCAGCGACAGUGUGAAGAUCCGGAUUGUGCAGAUUGAGCAGGACAGUGGCACCAGCCAGCACCGCCUGGCCCGCCCGUCACGCCAUUCAUCCAUCGUAAAAAACCUGAACUUCAUUCCCUUCGACAUUUUCAUCACAGCCAGCCGCAUCUCCCUCAUGACCUAUGCCUGUGUGCCCUUUCCUCCCAUCGUAUCACAGGCACCAGUGACAGAUGAUGGAAAAGCAGGCAAGAGUUCCCUCAAUCUCCUGGAGGCCGAGGCCCAGAGUGCCAAGCCCAGCCCGGCAUGUAUUUCUAUGGUAACAGCUGAAGACCUCUUGAGCAGCAGCUUCACUUUCCCACCAGGGAGGAAACUUGGGCUUAUCUCUCUAGAGAGCCUCCAUGCCACCAGCCGCUCUUCAGCCCGCCAGGCUCUGGGCAUAACUGUGGUCCGGCAGCCAGGACGCAGGGGUGUGGCUGGCCUGCAGCUCCAGCCUUUUCUCUAUGCCAUCCUGUCCCAGCCUUCCCUGCUACUGAGCUGUCAUCAUCGGAAGCAGAGGGUAGAAAUCUCCAUUUUCGACGCCGUGCUCAAAGGGGUCACCCCAGAUUACGUCUGUACAGAUCCUGGGAAGACUCUGCCAGAAGCCCUUGACUACUCCACAGUUUGGCUGCAGACAGUGCCUGGAGAAAUAGACAGCAAAAGUGGAAUUCCACCUUCUCUUAUAACGCUGCAAAUCAAAGACUUUCUUAAUGGACCAGCAGACAUCAACCUGGACCUGUCGAAGCCCUUCAAGGCCAACCUGAGUUUCACCAAACUGGACCAGAUCAGCAACUUUUUACAGAAGGUCACCAGUGCCCAUGGCAAGGAGCCAACCAGCCCAGCUGAGGCCACUUUGAGCAGAGAUGAGUCAUGUGUCCCCAGAGGCCAUCAGAGAAAGCCACUGAAAUUUGAUGGCCAGCCAGAGACCCCCUUUCAAGAAAGCCUGUGGAGAGCUGUGUCCUGCUUCCAAAGGAUUUCGGUCCACACCAGGCAGAUAGUGGUUUCCAUGGAGCCUGUCCCACACCCCCAGAAGCCUUGUCUGUUGGCAUCCUUAUCUGCCCUCACCGGGAGCCUGCACAUGAGAGCCUCAGCCAGAGCCCCUGGUGUAAUUCUUGGGUCAUCAUUUCUUCUCAGCAUAAAUGAUUUGCUCCUUAAAACAAGUCUUAAAGAAAGGAGUCGCAUUCUGCUGGGACCAUGUUGUGUCACUAUGGAUCUGGAUGCUAAAUGGUGCAAACACAGCGGCAGUCCAGGCUCGGAGCAGUCCACACCAAAAGUAUCCAUUGAUUUAAAAGGAGGCCUGCUGCAGGUUUUCUGGGGCCAAGAACAUUUGAAUUGUUUAGUUCUUCUGCAUGAACUGCUCAAUGGAUACCUUCAGAAACAGGGGAAUUUGAAAGUGCAUACUUCAGAGGCAGAAUCCCAAAUGCCAGCUCCCAUGGAGAAGAGGCCGCCAUUUAAAAGUGAACACAGUACAGAUGACCUGCGGACAGGACUGUUUCAGUACGUACAGGAUGCUGACCCCGUGAGACUGCCUGGUGUCUAUGAAGUGGUCUUUGCCAAUGAGACGGAAGAGAGCCCAGGCAUGAUGCUGUGGCGGUACCCCGAGCCCAGAGUGCUCACCCUGGUACGAAUCACGCCCGUACCCUUCAACACCACGGAGGAUCCGGAUAUCAGCACAGCUGACCUGGGAGAUGUGCUCCAGGUUCCUUGUAGUUUGGAAUACUGGGAUGAACUCCAGAAGGUUUUUGUGGCAUUUCAAGAAUUUAGUCUGUCCGAGAGCAAAGUUUGUGAACUGCAGUUGCCAGAUAUCAACCUUGUAGGUGACCAGAAGCAGCUGGUGUCCUCGGAUCUGUGGAGAAUCGUGUUGAACAGCAACCAGAGUGGAGCUGAUGACCAAAGCUCUGCUAGUGAAUCUGGCUCUCAGAGCACUUGCGACCAACUAAUAACACCCACAGCCUUGGCUGCCUGCACUAGGGUUGACUCCUGCUUCACGCCAUGGUUUGUCCCCUCUCUCUGUGUCGCCUUGCAGUUUGCUUACCUUGAGCUCCAUCUUUGUCAUCACCUCGACCAACUAGGCACAGCUCGACCACAAUACCUGCAGCCUUUUAUUUCCGAUAAGAACCUGCCAUCCGAACUCGAAUACCUGAUAGUUUCCCUCAAAGACCCUCACGGGAACUUUCAGCAGUGGAAUCACAGCCGUGUCUGCCAGAAGCUUCGGUUCUCAGCCCAAAUGGACUGUAAACUUCUUGAGUAUCGGAACGUGACCAUGCAGAGCGUGAUCCUGCCCUUCGGCGUCUCAGGCCAGGUGGCCUGGUCUGGCAACGUGGGAGAAGAGGUGCUGGACACGACGGUCACCGUUGACUCCCUGUUCCUAAAUAUUGGGCAGCAUGCGGUCCAUUCCCUCAACACGGCCAUCCAAGCUUGGCAGCAAAACAAGUGCCCUGAGGUCGAGGAGUUGGUCUUCAGCCAUUUUGUGAUCUGUAAUGACACUCAGGAGACACUGCGGUUUGGCCAGGUGGACACAGACGAGAAUAUUCUGCUGGCCAGUCUACACAGUCAUCAAUACAGCUGGCGCUCACACAGAUCUGCACAGCUGCUGCACAUCUGUAUCGAAGGUUGGGGCAAUUGGCGCUGGUCGGAGCCCUUCAGCAUGGACCAGGCUGGGACUUUCAUCCGAACCAUUCAGUACAAGGGCCGAACCGCCUCACUCAUCAUCAAGGUGCGGCAGCUCAGCGGGGUACAAAAGCAGAUCAUCAUCUGUGGGAGACAGGCGAUCUGCAGCUACUUGUCUCAGAGCAUUGAACUGAAAGUGGUCCAGCAUUAUAUUGGGCAAGAUGGGCAGGCCGUGGUUCGGGAACACUUUGACUGCCUCGCAGCCAAGCAGAAGCUGCCGUCCUAUAUCUUGGAAAACAGUGAACUCACAGAGCUGUGUGUAAGGGCCAGAGGGGAUGAGGACUGGUCACGGGACGUGCGUCUGGAGCCCAAGACCCCCGAGGACAGCAGCAUUGUCAUUCAGGUGCCAUCCUCAGACAGCUGUAUGAUUUAUGUCUGGUGCACAGUUUUGACUGUGGAGCCCAACUCGCCAGCAGAACAGCGCAUGAUUGCAUUCAGCCCUCUUUUUAUCAUGAGGAGUCAUCUGCCAGACCCCAUUAUCAUCCAUUUGGAGAAAAGGAGUCUGGGAUUGAGUGAAACACAAAUCAUUCCAGGAAAAGGGCAGGAGAAAGCACUGCAGAACAUCGAACCUGACCUUACCCACCACCUGACUUUUCAAGCAAGGGAAGAGGAGGGUGCUUCAGAUUGUGCCAUCCCCGUCUCAACUGCCCUUGUGAAGCAGAUUGCCACCAAGAUGCACCCUGUGGGCCCCGUUCCCCAUCAGAUCCUCGAUGAGUUCUAUGGCAUAGAAAAGACUCAUGGGCCCAGCUGGCCAUACCAUGCAAAGGAUGCAGACAGGACUGAGCACCUGAGUCAGUGGGACAGCCCAAUGCACGUGAAGCUAUCAGUCUGGAAGCCAUACAUCAAGACCUUGUUGAUUGAACUCCUGCCCUGGGCCCUGCUCAUCAAUCAGUCCAAGUGGGACCUCUGGCUGUUUGAAGGGGAGAAGAUUGUUCUGCAGGUUCCUGCGGGCAAAAUUAUCAUCCCUCCAAAUUUUCAGGAAGCUUUUCAAAUUGGCAUCUACUGGGCAAAUACCAACACUGUGCACAAGUCAGUUGCAAUUAAAGUGGUCCACGACCUGACAUCGCCCAAGUGGAAGGAUGGUGGAAAUGGGGAGGUGGCGAUGCUGGACGAGGAGGGCUGUGUGGAUGCCGAGAUCCGACUCGGGGCAUUCCCAGGACAUCAGAAGCUGUGUCAGUUCUGCAUCUCCUCCAUGGUGCAGCAGGGCAUCCAGAUCCUCCAGAUCGAGGACAAGACCACAGUCAUCAAUAACACACCCUACCAGCUCUUCUACAAGCCACAGCUCACUGUACCCAGGGCCCAGACUGGGCAGGAGUUCUUCCACAUCCCUGACAGCACCACUUUUAGCCUUGGUCCCCGGGGACAGCAACAGUCAGGGGUCUGCAGCUCUGUUCCAUGCUGGGACCUCCUGCCCAAUGCCAGCCCAACCACCUGGGACACAGAGCCACUACAGAAGCAAAUCCUGCUGACUUUUUCACCCGGUGCCCCUGCUGAUGGGACUGCGUGCUGGAGCCUGCCCGCCCCGGUCCGACAAGAGUUUCCCAGGCAGAGUGUGGCUGUGCCCUUGGCAAGCUUUGGGGAAAAUGGACUUUGUACCCGAGCCAUAGCUCUGACCUAUCAAGAACACCUUGGAGUGACCUAUUUAACUUUCUCAGAAGACCCUAGUCCACGGAUCAUUCUCCACAACAGAUGUCCAGUGACAAUACUGGUGAAGGAAAACAUCAAAGAGGCACCAAAAUUUGAGGUUUAUUGCAGAAGAGUUCCUUCCGAGUGUGCAGUACAUCAUGAACUGUAUCACCAGCUUUCCAGUUACCCUGAUUGCAAGACCAAAGACGUUCUGCCCAGCCUCUCUCUGAGGGUGGAGUUGCUGGAUGGAGCCAGUAUGGAGUGGAGCGAUCCUGUGGACACCAAUAGUCAAGGCACUCAGGUGGUGUUUCUGACGGGCUUUGGCUAUGUCUACGUGGACAUUGGCCAUCAAUGUGGCACCCUGUGCAUCACAGUGGCCCCAGAAGAGAAGGCAGGACCUGCUAUGACUGGUACCCCCAGGAACCUGAACAGGCUUUUGACCUUGACAGUGUCUGUCACCCAGUUGAGCCUGAUCAUGCUGGAUGACCUGACACACCACAGAGCUUCUUCGGAACUGCUUAGACUCACCCUGGACGGCAUUUUGCUGCAGGUGGCCCCAUUGGCCAACCUGCUCCCUGGGGACGAGGAUCUGGGGGCACUUCCAGAGCUUUACCAGCUGGAGGCCUGCUGUGGAGACCUACAGCUUGACAACCAGCUCUUCAGCAAGUCCAACUUCCACUUUGCUGUGCUGGUGUGCCAGGGUGAGAAGACUGAGCCAAUGCCCUUUCUGCGAGCGCUUGGGCCACUGGCAUCCACCCAGGAGCUGGAGGGCUUCCGGGAAAACUGCUUCGUCCGCCUCGGCCUCACCCUGGCUGCAAGCAUGCGCUCGCCCCUGGACAUCCACGAGUUCCACUUUGAGCUGAAGCCCGGCCGUCUCUACGUGGAAGACACGUUCAUCUACUACAUCAAGACCCUGUUUGAGUCCUACUUGCCGGCCACUUACACUCCAGCACUCAUCACCGAAGGCCAGGAGGCACUGCCCCUGCAGGUCCGGCAGCAUGCCAGUGCAUUGGUGCACCCUGUGAGGCUCCGGAAGCUGGUGAUCCAGCCUGUGAGCCUGCUGGUCAGCAUCCAUGCCUCCCUCAAACUGUACAUUGCCUCCGACCACACCCCACUGUCCUUCUCGGUGUUUGAGCGAGGCCCCGUCUUCACCACAGCCCGCCAGCUUGUCCAUGCCCUGGCUAUGCACUAUGCUGCCGGGGCGCUCUUCCGAGCAGGCUGGGUGGUGGGGUCGCUGGAGAUCCUGGGCAGCCCGGUGAGCCUGGUGCGCAGCAUCGGCACCGGCGUGGCCGACUUCUUCCGCCUGCCCUACGAGGGGCUGACGCGGGGCCCCGGCGCCUUCGUCAGCGGAGUGUCCAGGGGCACCUCGUCCUUCGUCAAGCACAUCUCCAAAGGAACCCUCACCUCCAUCACCAACUUGGCCACCAGCCUGGCCCGCAACAUGGACCGGCUGUCCCUGGACGAGGAGCACUCCAGCCGGCAGGAGGAGUGGCGGCGGAGGCUCCCCGAGAGUCUGGGCGAGGGACUCCGAGAGGGCCUGUCACGUCUGGGCAUCAGCCUCCUCGGUGCCAUCGCAGGCAUCGUAGAUCAGCCGAUGCAGAACUUCCAGAGGACAUCAGAGGCCUCUAUGGGACACAAAGCCAAGGGCGUCAUCUCAGGAGUGGGGAAGGGGAUCAUGGGGGUGCUGACCAAGCCUAUUGGGGGUGCUGCAGAGCUCGUGUCACAGACUGGCUAUGGCAUCUUACAUGGGGCUGGGCUCUCCCAGCUCCCCAAACAGCGUCAUGAGCCCCGCACUCUCCUCGCUGACCAGGCACCCAACAGCCACGUCAAAUAUAUCUGGAAGAUGCUGCAGUCUCUGGGCAGACCAGAAGUGCACAUGGCCCUGGACGUGAUGCUGGUGAGAGGUUCAGGCCAGGAGCAUGAGGGCUGCCUGCUGCUGACGUCCGAGGUUCUGUUCGUGGUGAGCGUCAGUGAGGAUGCGCAGCAACAGGCCUUCCCGGUCACCGAGAUUGACUGUGCCUGCCACAGCAGCCAGAGCAACCUACUUGUAGUGUGCCUGCAGCAGCCCCGAGUGGCCUGUGACACGGAGGUGGACGGCACCCGAGAGCGGCUCUCAGAGCAGCAGUACAACAGACUCGUGGACUACAUCACCAAGACAUCCUGCCACCUGGCCCCCAGCUGCUCACCUGCACCCUGCCCCGUGGUGCCUGUGGAGCCGCCCCUCUGCCCCGUGAAGACCUACCACUACUUGGUUGAUGCUCAUUUUGCUCAAGUCUUCAUCAGUAAGUUUAUCAUGGUGAAGAAUAAAGCUCUGAGGAAGGGCUUCCCUUGAGACUGCUGAUUCCAGCGUGGAAUGUACUUUUGGGAAAUAAAUUAACUGGCAUCCUAACAGCUGGCCAGGAUGCAA